AUGGGUGUAUAUGGAGGUCUAGGGCCUAUGACCAAUGCGGUCCUGUGGCUGGAGGUGGUCAUCUUCGCUGUUUUUGUUGGCUUAAGGCUUUAUACUCGCAUAAGCCUCCUGAACGCCGUUGGUGUUGAUGAUUAUCUCGUUGUUCUUGCACUGAUCGUUCACAUUCUUUACACCAUAUUCGUCACUAUAGGGACAUACUACGGCCUCGGCCAACUAUACGCCAAUGUUGGGGAUGCAGACAUUUAUUACACGGCCGUGAAAUAUGAAUUAUUCAGCCAGGUGGCCGGACUUGCCGUGAUUGGAAUUGGAAAGGCGGCUGUCGGGAUGUUUUUGCUUCGAAUUGUGAGGAACAAGAUCCAGAUUGGGUUCAUCUGGGCUUGCAUUGUCAUCACUGCCAUUAUCACAACAUUUGCUUGCGUGACUGUCAUAGUACAGUGCAUACCUGUGGAGAAGAGUUGGAAACCAAAUACGCCAGGGUAUUGUUGGCUUGAUUUCUCCAGGGUUGGCUAUACUGUCGGAUCAUGGUUCGUCGCUGUCGAUUUCUCUUUUGCCAUACUGCCAUGGUUCGUUGUCUGGGAUCUCAACAUGAAGCAGAAGGAGAAGAUCACUGUAGCAUGUGGUCUAAGUCUUGGUAUUUUCGCCGGAAUUUGCGGCAUCGUCCGUACUGUCGCACUAUCGGGCCUGAACGCAUCCGAGUACAUCUACGACACCGUUCCAAUGCUCAUCUGGUCCGCCACCGAAAGCUGCGUUACAAUCAUGUGCUCCUCGAUCCCUGUCCUCCGUCCUCUUUACGUCCGCAUCCGCUACGGAAAAGAUGGCAAGAACAGUUCACCUGGUAACACCGAUUACAAAUUACCGAUGUACGGCAGUGCUCGCAAAUACGGCAAACUUUCAAUUUCGGGCCCCGAGCACUCCACACUCAACUCGAACUGCGGUCCCUACCCGAAAACGGUCAUCUCAUACAACACAAGAAACACCAGUGAUGAGACGAUCAUUCGGGAUCCGACGGGUAUCGCCAGGACGGAUGAGAUUUCGGUCAGCUAUGAGCAAUUUGGAAAACAGGGCUGA